AGUGAGGUCCAGAUAUCUACAGAGCAGACACAGUUGCUCACACAUGAUGAGGGUCAUCAUCCUCCUGCUCACACUGGAUGUGCUAGGCGUCUCCAGUGUGAUGAUGGAGAAGAGUCUCAAACAGAAGAUUGAAGGGAAAUGGCGAACAAUUUACUUAGCUGCCAGUUCCGAGGACAAGAUAAAAGAAGGCUCUCCAUUGAGGACUUAUUUCCGUCGUCUUUUGUGUGGGAAGAAAUGCAACCGAAUCUACCUCUAUUUUUUUAUUAAGGAAGGAGCCAAGUGCCAUGAGCGUAAAAUCGUAGGAAGGAGAAAACAAGAAGUUUACUUUGCAGAGUAUGAAGGGAGCAACGCAUUAGUGUUAAAGACAGUGAAUGAGAAGAUAUUGCUGUUUCAUUAUUUUAACACGAACAAAAGAAAUGAGGUCACACGAGUGGCUGGAGUUUUGGGAAAAGGCAAUCAACUGACUAAGGAAGAGAUGACGGAGUACAUGAACUUAGUGGAAUCAAUAGGCAUUGAGGAUGAGAAAGUACUGCGUGUCAUGGACACAGACAACUGUCCAAACAAGAUCAAGAUUAGUUGACAUCGGGACCUUUGCAGUAUAUUCUUCCUGAAACCUGAAAUGUCAAUAUGAAGAUGAAGCAAUCUUUUCUCUCAGAUCAAAUCUUCCUACUUACUGCAAAUUACAAUUCCUGUCUCCAUACUUUCUCUUUCAUUCAUUCUUCCCCAUGUUCUAAUCGGUGUUAUUGCAUCUUUGAAUGUUUAAAUAAAUUUAUUUCACUU